GCCACUUUCUUCCAUAAGAGCAGAGUACUACUCUAUUUUCCUCCUCUCUGCAGCCGCGACCGUUUCUCCCACCUCCCAUCUCCCUGAUAUCUUUGUUUUCCUUUUCCUUCCUCUGAGAAAUUUUCCAUUUAAUCAUAAAAGCUCUCAUGCCGUUGUAGCAAAACUCUUGUCUGAUUUCAAAGAAGAGUUUACCGGAAGACGUUAUCAAGGUGCCAUUCAUAUCUAAGUGAUUUGAGUUCAGCUUUGACAGGUGCCUUAAGAAAAUGAGGAGGACCCGUGGUCGUCCAGUUGGUAACAACAAUGAGCAAGGAAACAAUCACGAGCAGGAUUUGGCAGGAUUAGUAGCGCAACUUCAGAGGCAGUUGCAGGAGCAGCAACAAACCAUCGACCGUUUGACCGCGAACAAUCAAAGGGGCGGUGGUGAAGGGGAAAAUGCUGGAAAUAAUCAUGCUAGAGGGCACGGAGCACCGAGACAAGAACCUUUGAUGAUCACAUGGAGGAAGAUCAAGCCCGCAGAUUUCGAGGGGGGUCCAGACCCUCUAGCUGCUCAGGGAUGGCUGAAGACCGUGGAAGGCAUUGCUAAUGGGUUGGAACUAGCAGAUAAUGACAAGGUUCGAUGUGCAUCUUACAGCCUCACCAUGGAUGCUCGAAUAUGGUGGGAGACUGUGGAAACAAGGUACAACAUCGCGCAGAUGACAUGGGAGCAGUUCAAAGAGGAGUUCACCAACCAGUAUUUCAACGCUAGUGUCACACGUAGGUACCGGGAUGAGCUUCAGAGUCUACGCCAGGGAACCAUGGAUGUUACAACCUUGGUGGCAAAAUUUCAAAGACUGCUACGUAUUUGUCCUACAGCUGCGCCGACAGAAAGAGAUAAGGUGAGGAUGUUCCUGGCAGCUCUUAGGAAGGAUAUAGCAGUUCACUUGGAGAAUGGCAAUCAGACUCCAGCUACACUAGCUGACUGUGUUUUUAUAGCAACUCAAAAGGAGUACUACAUCUCUAGCGGUCCAGUACCCGCUCAGCCGCAGCCUGUGCCUUCACAGUCACAGAAUCAGUCACAACGACACAUGAACAAUUCGAAGAGUAACAAGAAGAGAAAUUUCACGGGCAAUGAUGGAAAAGGAGCUGGUCACCAUCAGGGACACCAAAAUAAACAGAUGAAAUUUCCACAGUGUACAAAUUGUGGCCGUAAUCAUCCAGGCCAAUGCAGAUUAGGUUCUAGAGCUUGCUACACUUGCGGCCUUGAGGGCCAUAUGUCGAGAGAUUGUCCAAGAAAGAAUCAGCAAAACUACCAGAUCACUCACAUGCCAAGAAAUCCAACACCUUCAGCGGUUGUCCAUAAUAUGCAGGCUUAUCUAGAAGGACCAUCCAUCCAGCAAGGGCGUCUUGAGGCACCACCAGAGGCUCCGGUUGCUAGAGUGUUCACAAUCUCGAAAGAGGAGGCAUCGAUAAAUCCCGGUGUUGUCACAGGUCAGAUACUUGUUCUUAAUAGAUACGCUAAUGUGCUAUUUGACACUGGAGCCACACAUUCCUUUGUAUCUCUUGAGUUUGCUAGAUCGUUAGCAGCACAUCAAGAUAAGUUAGAUUGUAAGUUCACCACAGCACUUCCGUCAGGAGAGAUCAUGUUGUCGACUCAUUGGUUACGAGCAGUGCCAAUGAGUAUUGCAGGGAGAGAGUUAUUUGUGGAUCUGAUCGUGCGUGAUAUGAGAGAUUAUGAUGUGAUUCUUGGCAUGGAUUUUCUGCAGAAGUAUAGUGCUUCAAUUAUAUGCUGAAAAAGAAUUGUUAGUUUUGCGCCUGCAGGGUCUAAUCCUUUCUUGUUUCUUGGGGAGCCAAAAGGAUCAGGGAAAGUGAUGAUUUCUGCAUUGCAAGCAAGGAGACUUAUUCGGAGUGGAUGUGAAGCUUUCUUAGCUCACAUUGUAGACAAGAGCACUGGAGAACCCAUUCAGUUAUCUGAAGUUCAAUUGUGGAGGAUUACAGUGAUGUUUUCCCCGAAGAUCUUCCUGGACUACCACCGAGUAGAGAGAUUGAGUUCGAGAUUGAGCUGCUGCCCGGUACUGCACCAAUAUCUAGAGCACCAUAUCGAAUGGCCCCAGCGGAGUUACAAGAACUCCACAAACAGUUGCAGGAGUUACUAGAGAAGGGUUUCAUUCGGCCCAGUUACUCACCGUGGGGAGCUCCAGUAUUGUUCGUGAAGAAGAAGGAUGGCACAAUGAGGUUGUGCAUAGAUUAUAGAGAGCUCAAUAAAGUGACUAUCAAGAAUAGGUAUCCCCUGCCUAGAAUUGAUGACCUGUUUGACCAGUUGAAGGGAGCGGUGAUUUUCUCCAAGAUCGACCUUCGUUCAGGGUAUCAUCAGCUAAGAAUCAAGGAAGGUGACAUCCCAAAAACAGCUUUCAGGUCGCGGUAUGGACACUAUGAAUUUGUGGUUAUGCCUUUCGGCCUGACUAAUGCUCCAGCGGCGUUCAUGGAUUUGAUGAAUAGAGUGUUCAGGGAGUUUCUUGACAAGUUUGUCAUUGUUUUCAUUGAUGAUAUUUUGAUCUACUCAGAGUCCAAGGAGGAGCAUGAAAAACACUUGAGAGAAGUACUGGAGACACUGAGAAAACAUAAGCUAUAUGCUAAGUUUUCAAAGUGUGAGUUCUGGCUUGAUCAUGUAGCAUUCCUUGGCCACGUAGUUUCAAAGCAGGGGGUUUCGGUGGAUCCCUCAAAAGUAGCAGCUGUUCGAGAUUGGAGCAGGCCGAAGAAUGCGAAAGAAGUUCGAAGUUUCUUAUGCCUUGCGGGGUAUUAUAGGAAGUUUGUGGAAGGCUUCUCUGCUAUAGCUCUUCCAUUGACUAUCUUGACCCGUAAGGGUAAGAAAUUUGAGUGGACUGGUCGUUGUGAGGAGAGUUUCCAAGAGCUGAAAGAUAGGUUGACAUCUGCACACGUUUUAGCACUCCCAGAAGGCAAGGAAGGGUUUGUUAUCUUCACAGACGCAUCGAAGAUGGGACUUGGAGCAGUUCUUAUGCAGAAUGAACGAGUUAUUGCUUGGACUCUGAGUAGAUCAGUUGUGGAGGAUUACAGUGAUGUUUUUCCCGAAGAUCUUCCUGGACUACCACCGAGUAGAGAGAUUGAGUUCGAGAUUGAGCUGCUGCCCGGUACUGCACCAAUAUCUAGAGCACCAUAUCGAAUGGCCCCAGCGGAGUUACAAGAACUCCACAAACAGUUGCAGGAGUUACUAGAGAAGGGUUUCAUUCGACCCAGUUACUCACCGUGGGGAGCUCCAGUAUUGUUCGUGAAAAAGAAGGAUGGCACAAUGAGGUUGUGCAUAGAUUAUAGAGAGCUCAAUAAAGUGACUAUCAAGAAUAGGUAUCCCCUGCCUAGAAUUGAUGACCUGUUUGACCAGUUGAAGGGAGCGGUGAUUUUCUCCAAGAUCGACCUUCGUUCAGGGUAUCAUCAGCUAAGAAUCAAGGAAGGUGACAUCCCAAAAACAGCUUUCAGGUCGUGGUAUGGACACUAUGAAUUUGUGGUUAUGCCUUUCGGCCUGACUAAUGCUCCAGCGGCGUUCAUGGAUUUGAUGAAUAGAGUGUUCAGGGAGUUUCUUGACAAGUUUGUCAUUGUUUUCAUUGAUGAUAUUUUGAUCUACUCAAAGUCCAAGGAGGAGCAUGAAAAACACUUGAGAGAAGUACUGGAGACACUGAGAAAACAUAAGCUAUAUGCUAAGUUUUCAAAGUGUGAGUUCUGGCUUGAUCAUGUAGCAUUCCUUGGCCACGUAGUUUCAAAGCAGGGGGUUUCGGUGGAUCCCUCAAAAGUAGCAGCUGUUCGAGAUUGGAGCAGGCCGAAGAAUGCGAAAGAAGUUCGAAGUUUCUUAGGCCUUGCGGGGUAUUAUAGGAAGUUUGUGGAAGGCUUCUCUGCUAUAGCUCUUCCAUUGACUACCUUGACCCGUAAGGGUAAGAAAUUUGAGUGGACUGGUCGUUGUGAGGAGAGUUUCCAAGAGCUGAAAGAUAGGUUGACAUCUGCACACGUUUUAGCACUCCCAGAAGGCAAGGAAGGGUUUGUUAUCUUCACAGACGCAUCGAAGAUGGGACUUGGAGCAGUUCUUAUGCAGAAUGAACGAGUUAUUGCUUAUGCGUCUCGGCAACUCAAGGACUAUGAAGCGAAUUAUCCUACCCGUGACUUGGAGUUGGCAGCGGUGAUACAUGCGUUGAAGAUUUGGAGACAUUACUUGUAUGGAGUCCAGUGCAAGAUCUUCACUGAUCACAAAAGCCUGAAAUACAUAUUCACACAGAAGGACCUCAACAUGAGGCAAAGAAGGUGGCUUGAGCUAGUGAAAGACUAUGAUUGUGAGAUCCUUUAUCAUCCGGGGAAAGCUAACAAGGUAGCAGAUGCACUUAGUAGGAAGUCUUCUGCAACAGUAAUGUCCAUGAUGGUAAUGGAUCCAAGGCUGAGGAAAGAAAUUGAAGAUUUUGAGUCGGAGAUUGUAGCAGCUAUGACAACGACUCCAUCAAUAUUUGGGAACAUGGCUAUGAAGCAAGAACUUGAUCCUGAGUUAGUUAAGUUGAAAGAGUGUGUCAAGGAGGGAAAAUGUCCCGAAUUCCGUGUGGAUCAAACUGGAAGAUUAUUACUCCAUAAUAGGUUGUGCAUCCCAGACAUUGAGGGGUUGAGGAAGCAGAUUAUGAAGGAGGCUCAUGAGACAUCAUUUACUAUGCAUCCUGGUUCGACCAAGAUGUACCACGACCUGAAGAAAAACUUUUGGUGGUCAGGGAUGAAGAAAGAUGUUGCAAAGUUCGUUCAGUCAUGUUUGACAUGUCAACAAGUUAAGGCUGAACAUCAAAGGCCAGGUGGAGAACUUCAACCUAUCCAGAUUCCGGAGUGGAAAUGGGAUGAGAUAUCAAUGGACUUUAUUAUGGGUUUGCCGAAGACAACUGGAGGUUAUGACGCUAUAUGGGUUAUAGUGGACAGAUUGACUAAAUCUGCUCAUUUUAUCCCAAUUUCAGCAAGUAUUUCUUUGGAGAAGUUGGCAAAAAUAUAUAUACAGGAGAUUGUUAGAUUGCAUGGUGUUCCGAAGAGUAUCAUUUCUGAUAGAGAUUCCAGAUUUACGUCUCACUUUUGGAAGUGUGUACAACAAUCAUUGGGCACGAAGUUGAAGUUUAGUACCGCUUUUCAUCCUCAGACAGAUGGCCAGACAGAGAGAACAAAUCAGAUUUUAGAAGAUAUGUUACGGGCAUGCACUCUAGAUUUUCAAGGAGGAUGGGCAAAAUACCUUAGUUUGGCAGAGUUUGCUUAUAAUAACAGUUAUCAAGCAACCAUCGGCAUGGCUCCAUAUGAGGCGUUGUAUGGGAGAAGGUGUAGAUCUCCCAUAUCAUGGCAUGAAACGGGAGAAAAGAAGAUUCUAGAAGAGGAACUACAAGGAAGGACUGAGUUGAUAGAUGAGACUUCAGAAGCUAUUAAGACUAUCCGACAAAGGAUAGAGUCUGCCCAUUGCAGACAGAAAAGUUAUGCAGAUGUUCGAAGGAGACCUCUAGAAUUCGAAGUGGGGGAUUUUGUUUUCGUCAAGAUAGCCCCGAUGAAGGGUGUGAUGCGAUUUGGGAAGAAAGGAAAGCUUAGCCCCAGAUUCACCGGACCAUAUGAGAUCACUAGACGAGUUGGGAAGGUAGCUUAUGAGCUCGCGCUACCAGAAGAGUUCUCUGGCAUUCAUAAUGUCUUUCAUGUUUCAAUGUUGAGAAAAUACUUUGCUGAUCCAGAGCAUGUUUUGAUACCCCCAAUAGUAGAAGUGCAAAAAGAUUUGUCAUACGAUGAGAAGCCGGUACAAAUCCUUGACCGAGAGGUUAGACGUCUCCGGAAUAAAGAGAUAGCUCUAGUAAAAGUGUUGUGGCAAAAUCAAAAAGUUGAAGAAACUACUUGGGAGGUUGAGGACGACAUGAGGCGUCGUUAUCCCGAGUUGUUCUAAGUUUCGAGGACGAAACUUUUAUAAGGUGGGAGGGGUUGUGACACCCCGAUUUUAUGAGCUAGUCAUAUUAAUCAAUAUUAAUAUUUAUUUUAGUCAGUUAAAUAAGUUUUUCUAUGACUAAUGUGAUUUAUUGUGUGAUCACGUGUUGUUCUGGCAGGUAACGUUGACCGGUAAGCUGUAACAAUUUUUAAGUGAAGGAAAUAAGUAAUGUUUUAAAGCUUAAUCAAUCUAUUUUGAAAUAGAGAAUACUUUUAAUGUUGGAUUUUUUAAAGAAUAUUAGGAGCCCAAAUCAAUGUAGCCCAAAUAAGUCUCUUUUAUACUAAAUCCCUAGAGAAGUUACGCCACUUUCUUCCAUAAGAGCCGAGUACUACUCUAUUUUCCUCCUCUCUGCAGCCGCGACCGUUUCUCCCACCUCCCAUCUCCCUGAUAUCUUUGUUUUCCUUUUCCUUCCUCUGAGAAAUUUUCCAUUUAAUCAUAAAAGCUCUCAUGCCGUUGUAGCAAAACUCUUGUCUGAUUUCAAAGAAGAGUUUACCGGAAGACGUUAUCAAGGUGCCAUUCAUAUCUAAGUGAUUUGAGUUCAGCUUUGACAGAUACUAAGGGUAAGGCCAAGGCCUAGGAAGAUGAUGAGGGAGUGGAACGCGUGCCAAGAUGAGUUAACGGGAACGACCUUGGCGGAUUCUAGCUAAUUUUUAUUUUACUCCAGUAUUUCAGUUGUUAGAAUAAAAGAUUAUUAUUACUUUAUUUUAUUUGAGGAUUGAAGUUUGAAUAAAUUCCUGGAUCCAGG